UAUUGCUUGUAACGUCAGUUUUGGGAGUUCGGUUUGUUGUACAGUCUCUCUCUCUCCCCUUUCUCUCUCCUCUCUUCUCUGUCUUUGUAAGCUCUCUCAUAUGGCCGGCCUGAGAUGGAGAGAGUGGUGGAACACGAUGGCGUUCCCCACGCGGCGAAUCUGGAAUCGUUUCACCGUUCGCGUCGGAUUCCACCACAGCGGACUUUUGAGGUUACAAAACGACGUGAGUUCUUGCGAGUACGAAGACAUACACAUCAUGUGGAAUCUGUUGCACAAGAUCGAAGAUCCUUCACCGACGCCUAGCACACAGUUUAAUAAACGAAUUCAACAGAAGAAGAAAGCUUGUUGGAAUCUCUUCGGUUCAUAUCUUUGCCAAAGAUUCUGAUCAUAAAUAUUUUUUUUUUUUAAAACCUAAACAAGUUCCAAACCAUAGUUGUAAUUUGUGAGAGCCUUGACGGGUCCCCUGCAACUGUGGUGAGGUUAUUGACAAAUUUCGGGAAAUAAUAAAAUCGGAGGUUGAACGGUUUUAUCUGGCGUAUUUCCAUGGCAUGUUUCCAUGUAUGUAAUAUGAAUUUUAUCAUUACAUGAAUGUUGUUGUAUAUAAGAUAUAAAAUGCUUCCAUACUUUGAUGCUA